AUGAAGUGUCGAGGAAAGUUGGCGAGGAGACAACGGAGCCGAAAUGGAGGAGACGAGGCUUUUUUGAACACUGAAAAGCGGUUUCGUGAACAUUCGAGAGGGAAACAGGAAUCAGGACGCCUCGCUCUUUUGCGACACAAAAACUGGAACAAACUUCACACUUGUGUUCGCAUUAUGUCACAGAAACAGAUCUACUAUUCUGACAAAUAUGACGACGAGAAAUACGAAUACAGACAUGUUAUGUUGCCAAAGGAUAUCGCCAAACGUGUCCCCAAAACUCAUCUCAUGUCUGAAACCGAGUGGAGGAACCUGGGCGUGCAGCAAAGUCAGGGAUGGGUUCACUACAUGAUCCACCAACCAGAGCCGCACAUCCUGCUUUUCCGACGCCUUUUAUCCAUUCAGAAGUGA